UCGCAGCCUUGCCAAACAAUGGGCAGGAAAAAGCCACGUUGACGAGCUCGGGUUGAAGUCUUAGGGAUUUAGUCGCUGUGGAUAGAUUUUUCCCCAAACACGGUUGAAGGUUAUCUUUUUUUUUUUUUUGGCAUUUUUUGUUCGAGAUCCGUCAUGUCAUCGCCACCGAAAGAGAGAAACGAAACCCGAGCUGGACAUCCCCCUGCUGUGAAAGCAGGAGGGAUGAGGAUAGUCCAGAAGCACCAAUCUGCUGGAGACUCCACAAUGGACAGGAAGGAAGACAAGGACAGUAAAGAAUUUGAGAGCUGCAGCCCACCGAAGAUGCCAGUCGUGGUUUCUGGAGUAGUUACAAAGGGCGAUAAGGACUUCACCCCAGCCGCAGCCCAGGUGGCCCACACGAAGCCAGUACCCUCGGUGCAGAAGCUGCCGCCGUCCCACCACAUCAACCAGCACAUCCACCAGCCCCGCAAGUGAACCUUCUCCGCCUUCUUCCAGUGCACGAGGACCACACCAAAACCGCCAGCCGAUUCUCAAGCGAUUCCCCACACCUUCUCAUCUUAUUCCCAUCUGAUUCCCAGACAGUCCCCAGCCACUUCCCAAAUGGUUUUGUCAGUUCUUUGCCAAUUCCCAGUCACUUUUGACGUUGCCCAACCAGUUUACAACCAAUUCCCAAUCUGAUCCCAGCCCACUCCUGACCCAUCUCAAACGACUUUUCUCUGAUUUUCCAACCAAAUUUCAACCAGGUUCCAAUCAGUUAACAGCCGCUUGCCUACCAGUUUCCAAUGAUGUCCCCCAGUUCCUAACCUAUUCCCAAAUAAUACCCAGUAUUUAUACCCAGUUCGAUACCAAUUUCCUAACCAAUUUCUAACCAGUUUCCAGUUCUCAACCAAUUCCAUCAGAAUUCCAUCUAAAUGCCAACCCAAGCGAGUACCCAUUCCUUCCCAACCAGUCAAUCCCCCAAGUUUUGCCAACCAGCACCAAAAUGAUCAACUAUUUUAUAUCUAAUUGCCAAACACCUCCUAAUUAGUUCCCAAGCCACUACUCAGGUUCACCAGGGGACUCGCAGCAUUCCUCACGGCCCCUUUCUGUCUGUGCCUGCCAGCCUUCUGCCUUGACCAACAUCCUAAGAACCUCGUCUUUCUCUCUCUUACACACACACACACUCACACACACACACGAUAUAAACAAGCCCAGUUCUGUUCUCUUGUUCCUUUUAAAAUCUUAUACACUAAAUCCGUCACGACCACAGAUGUGCCGAGUUAAUUCUACAGCUGUACUGAAUGAACGGUUAAUUGAGGUUUUUUUUUCCUAUGCUCUUGUUAAAAACUCCUGUUAUUUCUGGAAUUCUGUAAAGUGUACAAAUCGGUUCAUGUAAGUCGAUGAUGUGAUGUUAGAAAAUAGGCGUGGCUGUCUGAAUAAAGAGUUAAUAUAAAAUCAUCGUUA